AUGACGCUCCAUGUCUCGCCACAUGGGCGUAGUACCCAGCUGCUUGGGAUCCUUGCUCCGACUGACCUGUUCCCUUCAGUGGAUGCAGUGGGCAUGGUUCGGGGCAUUUUCAGGCACCUCAAAAUGCCACCAGACACCGCUACCCUUGGAGGCCUCCUGGGCACCCCCUUGGGCCUCUUGAUUCUGGGCACAACCGACCCCGGACUCUCCCACCUCUGCCUGCGGCUGGGCGGGGCUUGCGCGGAGGAGGAGGCGGCCUUUUUUCAAUCUCGGCCCCUGCGGUCUGCCGGGGGUCUCUCUCUGCAGCAGCAGCAGCGGGGUGUUUUCUUGUCCUGCAGGCAGCCGCCGCCCUCCCGGCUUCCUGGGCCUGCCUGCCGCCUUCUUCUCGACAGCCAGAAGGAGCCCUUUGAGGAGGUGGCCGUCCAUUUCAUGGAGGAGGAGGAGGAGUGGGCUCUGCCGGAUCCGGACCAAGGAGCCCUGCAUAGCCAAGAGAUGGAGGAGAACGGUGGGAAUCCGGCCUCACUGGCAGGUGACAGUUGGAAGAGGAAGAAUGAGGGGGAACCCAGCAGAGCAUUGUUGGGAGGUGCCAGAUGGAGAAAGAGGAAACAGCAGCGACAGAAACGGAGAGGAAAAUGGAGGAACAGAAAUGGAUCAUCUGCUUCCCAGCAGGGAAUCCAAAGAAUGAUGCAGAAGGAGACAGAAAGAAGCCAUUUCCCUGGAAGGAGGAAAGGUUUCCAUUCUGAAACUAGCUUUCAACUUCAGUGCGAAAUUCAGCCAUGGGAUAAAGCAUUUGAAUGCUUGGAGUGUGGAAAGAGCUUCAGCAGGAGUGGAGGACUCACUGUGCAUCAAAGAACGCACACUGGGGAGAAACCACAUAAAUGCUUGGAGUGUGGAAAGAGCUUCAAGACAAGUAGAGAACUCACUUUGCAUCAUAGAACCCACACUGGGAAGAAACCACAUAAAUGCUUGGAGUGUGGAAAGAGCUUCAGCACGUGUGGAAAUCUUACUGUGCAUCACAGAAGCCACACUGGGGAGAAACCUUAUAAAUGCUUGGAGUGUGAGAAAAGCUUCAGCUGCAGUGCAAAUCUAACUGCACAUCAUAGAACCCACACUGGGGAGAAACCACAUAAAUGCUUGGAGUGUGGAAAGAGGUUCAGUACGAAUGGAGAGCUUAAGGUGCACCAUAGAAUCCAUACUGGGGAGAAACCACAUAAAUGCUUGGAGUGUGGAAAGAGCUUCAAGACAAGUAGAGAACUCACUUUGCAUCAUAGAACCCACACUGGGGAGAAACCACAUAAAUGCUUGGAGUGUGGGAAAAGCUUCAGGUCCAGUGGAAAUCUUACUGUGCAUCACAAAACCCACACUGGGGAGAAACCCUAUAAAUGCUUGGAGUGUGGAAAGAGCUUCAAGACAAGUAGACCACUCCUUGUGCAUAACAGAACCCACACUGGGGAGAAACCACAUAAAUGCUUGGAAUGUGAAAAGAGCUUCAGGACAAGUGGAGAACUCACUCUGCAUCACAGAACCCACACUGGGGAGAAACCUUAUAAAUGCUUGGAGUGUGAGAAAAGCUUCAGCUGCAGUGCAAAUCUAACUGCACAUCAUAGAACCCACACUGGGGAGAAACCACAUAAAUGCUUGGAGUGUGGAAAGAGCUUCAGCACGAAUGGAGAGCUUAAGGUGCACCAUAGAAUCCAUACUGGGGAGAAACCACAUAAAUGCUUGGAAUGUGGAAAGAGCUUCAGGACAAGUGGAGAACUCACUGUGCACCAUAGAAUCCAUACUGGGGAGAAACCACAUAAAUGCUUGGCGUGUGGAAAGAGAUUUAUCACGAGUGGACAUCUCACUGUGCACCGUAGAAUACAUACUGGGGAGAAACCACAUAAAUGCUUGGAAUGUGGAAAGAGCUUCAGCACAAAAGGAAGUCUUACUAUGCAUCAUAGAAUGCACACUGGGGAGAAACCACAAACAUGCUCAAUUUGUGGAAAGAGCUUCAGCACAAGAGGAAAACUAACUAGUCAUCAUAGAACACACACUGGGGAUAAACCACAUAAAUGCUUGCAGUGUGGGAAGAGCUUCAGAUGCAGUGGAAAUCUUACUGCGCACUAUAGAACCCACACUGGAGUGAAACCAUAUAAAUGCUUGGAGUGUGGAAAGAGCCUCCGCACAAGUGGACAUCUCACUGUGCACUAUAGAACCCACACUGGGGAGAAACCACAUAAAUGCCUGGAAUGUGGAAAGAGCUUCAGGACAAGUGGAGAACUCACUUUGCAUCAUAGAACCCACACUGGGGAGAAACCACAUAAAUGCUUGGAGUGUGGAAACAGCUUUAGUACGAGUGGAUAUCUCACUGUGCAUCACAGAACCCACAGUGGGAAGAAACCACAUAUAUGCUUGGAGUGUGGGAAGAGCUUCAGCUGCAGUGGAAAUCUUACGGUGCACCGUAGAACCCACACUGGAGAGAAACCACAUAAAUGCUUGGAGUGUGGAAAGAGUUUCAGCCAGAGUUCACACCUUGCUAUGCACCGUAGAACCCACACUGGGGAGAAACCUUAUAAAUGCUUGGAGUGUGGAAAUAGCUUCAGCAGGAGUGGAGAUCUCAAUGUGCACCAUAGAACCCACACUGGGGAGAAACCACAUAAAUGCUUGGAGUGUGGAAAGUGCUUCAGGACGAGUGUAGAACUAACUAGGCAUCAUAGAACCCACACUGGGGAGAAACCACAUAAAUGCUUAGAGUGUGGAAAGUGCUUCAGGACGAGUGGAGAUCUCAGUGUGCACCAUAGAACCCACACUGGGGAGAAACCACAUAAAUGCUUAGAGUGUGGAAAGAGCUUCAGGACGAGUGGAAACCUAACUAGUCAUCAUAGAACCCACACUGGGGAGAAACGACAUAAAUGCUUGGAGUGUGGGAAGAGCUUCGGGACGGGCGGAAAUCUAACUAGUCAUCAUAAAACCCACCAUGAGGUCAACACGUGGGUCACAAACCCAUCUCUCUAUACCUCUAAUGAUCAGAUCACCCACUACAAUGAGGCCCCAGCACCCGGAGGGGUAUCUUUUGUGCGAGAGGAUAUGGGCUCAUCAUCCAUGGAAGAGGUCCCUUCUAAAGAAGCAUUUCCCUCUUCCUCAGACCGAUGUCCUCCUUGCCCGAGACCUCCAUUCUCCCUGACAGCAGAGGAGCUGUCAGCCUUGGAGUGGGAUGCCUCUACCACGUCCCUGAAGCCGGUGACAGUUGGAAGAGGAAGAAUGAGGGGGAACCCAGCGGAGCAUUGUUGGGAGGUGCCAGAUGGAGAAAGAGGAAACAGCAGCGACAAAAACGGAGAGGAAAAUGGAGGAACAGAAAUGGAUCAUCUGCUUCCCAGCAGGGAGUCCAAAGAAUGAUGCAGGAGGAGAGGGAAAGAAGCCUUUACCCUGGAAGCAGGGAAGGUUUCCAUUCUGAAACUACCUUUCAACCUCUGUGCAAAAUUCAUCCAGGGGAGAAAGCAUUUGAAUGCUUGGAUUGUGGAAAGAGCUUCAGCACGAGUGGAAU